AUGAACGGGCUGCCCACUCCUCUGCGCUUGCUGCUUCUCGCGGGCGCCGUCUCCUCGUCCCCAGCCUUCUUCAGCCGAUCCGACAAGUGCGCCGCCGCCGGGCUGCAAUCGUGCGCCGGCCAUGGCUUGCCCGACGUGUUUUGCUGCAGCGCGGGUAGCAGGUGCAUCCCGCUGGCAGGCGGCUCGACCGUCAUGUGCUGCCCGGACGGCAGCUCGUGCGACGGCAUCCUGCCCAUCACCUGCAACCUGGCCGAGCAGGACCCGGCGACGAACCCGCAGGCGCCCAUCAAGACGCUGGCCUUGAGCUCCAAGCUGCCCGCCUGCGCGAGCAGCAACCUCUGCUGUCCGUUCGGGUACGCAUGCUCCGGGGACGGGAAGCUGUGCACCAAAAGCCAGGACCAGUCGAGGAAACCAGACGGAUACUCGGCGACUGCCCCGGCAGCAUCAUCGUCAUCAUCAUCAUCAUCAUCAUCAUCAUCAACGACAACAACCUCAAGCUUGUCGACAGGGAGCUCGACCACGUCGGCCGCGUCUUCCUCGCCGACAGACGGACCGAGCGGGACGGGCACCCAGCCCUCCUCGUCUUCGUCGUCGGCCACCCCCGCGGAACCGACCCAGGAACCAGGCAGCGCGUCUGCAGGGCCGCAAAGGACGUCCAUCAUCGGCGGCGCCGUGGGAGGCGUGCUCGCCCUGCUCCUGCUAGCCGUCGUCAUCUUCGUCUGCACGCGCAGCCGCAAGGGCCCCGCGCCGUCGGAGAAGCCGCACGCCCCUCGCAGCCAGUCCGCCGGCGGCGGCGGCGGCAGCGGCAGCGGCUCCCGCCCGCUCUACGGCCACAUCAUCUCCGCCCCCAUCGCCAGCCCCAACUCGUCCUACCGGACAGACUUCAUCCGCAAGUCGCGCUCGUCGCGCUCGUCGCGCUCCACCAUCCUGCCGCGCUCGCUGGCCGGCCGGUUCUCGCGCCACCCCCCGCGCGUCGAGCAGACGCCCCCCAACCCGAGAAUCUCCAUCCCCAACCCGUUCGACUCGCCCAACCUGUCGGGCCAGUCGCCCGCCCGCUCCGCCUUCUCCAUCACCUCGUACGACGACCGCCACGCCCGCACCGGCCACGUCGGCGCCAAGCUGGCGCCCAUCCGGGCCCUGAAGUCGUCGAGCAGCUGCUCGCGCCGCGUGUCCACCCGCCACGUGGACGCGGACCGGGAGCAGCCGCCGCCGCCGCCGCGCAGCCAGCGCAUCAACGUGUUUGCCGACCCGAGAACCGUGGCGGGCAGGCCCUCGGCCCCGACGACGACGACGGCGGACAACCGCGCCACCUCCUUCACCGAUAUGAUGGACGAGGCCGACAUGGGCGAUGUGCAUCGCGGCGCGGCCUACGUGCCCGGCUGCACCAACACGCACGUGCCGGGGACCACGCCCAGAAUAUGA